AUGAAACUCCCUACAGCGUGCACCAGGUGCAGAAGGCGGCGCAAAAAGUGCUUCCGGACGAAGCCUGACGGCCCGUGUGAUGCCUGUGCCAAGAAGCAGAACCAUCAGUGCUCGCUCGUCCAGCCACGAGGUGAUGUUUCUCCUCAGCCACAGCGCGUCUCGGCAGUCGAGGACCUGAACCCGCAGGCUGCUCUCUCGCAGGACCUCAUUGAAGAACUUGUGGAGAAUUAUAUUUACUACAUACUUGACAGGCCUCAUACGCUCUUCCAUCUGCCUACCUUGCGGAAUGCAGUGAAGGAAGAUACGCUGGGAGAUGCUUUGCUGUCUGCGAUACUGGCGUUUGGGUGUCGGUUCCAUGAUAAGCCGGAGAUAGCAUCGCUUGGGCCUGCUUUCAUGGAAAAGUCUAAAUACUUGCUGAAGCUGGAUAUGGAGAAUAUCUGUCUUGAGAAUAUCCAGACAUGCGUGUUGCUCGCAAAUUUGUCAUCUUCGUCAAAGAACCCAGAGUCUGAGGCUCUGUUUGUCACUCUUGGCAUUCGUAUGGCUGAGAUUCUUGGCUUAGACCAGCCGGACCCGGAGGACUCGGAGGUUCUACGUGAAACAAAAUGCAGGGUAUGGUGGACACUAUUCAUGGCUGACCGUUGGAGCUCAGUUGGUCGCAACCUCCGCCGCGCGAUGCCGGACUUUAAUCAGGAGACUCCUCUACCAAUGGAUGAAGACUACUUCCAUCAUCUGGAUAUUGACCAAGGUACUGACAGUGUUGAGGCGUCGCCCCCGCGCCCCCGCACACUGGGUCUCUGGGCAUACAACAUCAUGCUCGCAAAACAGCUAGGGCCUAUUCGAGACCUGAAUAAGCAGUGGAAUCAGGAGGGUAUCUCGGAAGAUUACGUGAUGCAGCGCGUCGCAGAUCUAGCAAAAGGCCUACAGCUCUGGGAAGCUGGUCUCCCCGAGGAAAAGAAGGCAACAGAGGAGAACCUCCAGGCACACAGUGCCAAGAAGCUUGGGGGACCGUUCCUCGCCAUACAUACAGGCUACCACCAGCAUUUCGUGCUGCUGCUGUUCCGGUUUCUGGACCUGAAUCGGGCGCAGACACCCAAGACGAUCGAGUACGCCGAGCUGUGCAAGUAUCACGCAAGGUCGAUUAGUCAACUCGUCAAGCUGUCCCGCCAAGUUCCGAACUGCGCCAUGGUCUUUGGAGGAGUGGGAUACAUGACUGUUGCGUCUUCAGCGGUACUUCUGCACACGCUCAUUUUCGGGCAGCAGGAUGACACGGCUGAUAUACGGGCCAAGCUGGAGUCCAACUAUGAGACCAUCUAUGCGCUUCAGAAAUACUGGCCUUCGAUUCAAAACUCGGUAAAACGUCUCGAGCUGUUCCAAAAGACUUGUGUGAGGCCCGCGGCAAUGCAAACCUACAAGUUCGACAAGUGGAUGGUGAGGUUUUUGGUCGAACACCACUUGCCGCUGGAUGAGCCCGAAGGGGAUCUAUCGCCUGGUGCGGUAUAACAUCGCAUUUGGGUUGCAGAGUGAGUAUUUGCAUUGAUAACGGCGUACACAGUAUCGAGUUGUAGGAUUCCUUUGUAAUUAUAGUCGUCGCGUCGUUUCGUUCGGCCGGUAGUGCUGGGAGCUUGGGAGGAGAAUAGAACUCAGACGCGAGACGGCGGGACGUCUGACCAUGAUAUAAAGCGAUAAGGGGUCAUAUUUAUCUUUUCGGGCCGUAUCACAAAGUCCCACAGAUAGUAAACAACAGCAAACUACUGAA